AUGAGCUAUAACUGCCACUCUGAUAACUUGUCUACCUCCUUUAGGUCCUGCCUGCCCAUCGUGGGUUCCUCCUGUUGUUCCUCCUGCUCAAGCAACCUGAUCACCACUACCAGCUGCUCUCCCAGCACCUGCCAGCUGAGCUCCUCUUUCAAUAGUGGCUGCCAGGAGACCUGCAUUGAGCCCAUCCGCUGCCAGGAGACCUGCAUUGAGCCCAUCCACUGCCAGAGGUCCUGUGUGGUGCCCAGCCCCUGCCAGGUGCCCUGCAACUACCCCAGGAGCUCCACACCCUGCAGUCCUUGCCAGGGGACAUAUGCUGGCUCUCUGGGCUUUGGGUCCAGCAACUGCUUCUCCCAGGAUUAUGGAUCUAGAAGAUGCUACAUCAUGGGUUGUGGAUCCACUGUCUUUGAACCUCUGAAUUAUGGAGUCUCUGGCCUCCCUUUCCUGAGUUAUGGGUACAGAUUCUGCUACCCAAUCUACAUGGCUGACAGUAUCUGCCAACCAUGUUAUAAACCAACCUGUGGUAAUAUUCUCUAG